AUGCCACCAAGUGAUAUGUAUACAACUGUUUUGAGAUUCAUACAGCAUAAAAAUGUUGACUCGCUCGUGGAAGGAAACUAUUUAGCAGCAGCGCGUUACGAGAAUUUAUUAAAUAAAUACUUGACUCGUAACAAUGUAAAUAAUGCAAAGGCUAAGCAAGAAAAUGAUGAAUAUCUCCUAAAUCUCGAAAUAAAUCAACUUAAAUCAAAAUUAGCAGAUAUUCAAACGGAAUUUAAAAAGAAAAUCGAUCAGGAGAAGGACCACGACACAAAGACGAUUGCGAAUCUUAAACAAAAGCAUGCAUUUCAACUUAAAGAAUUUGAAAAAUUUUGGAAUGAAGAUGAAAAUAUUCGACCGUAUGUUAAAAGCUCAGCAAGGCUAAAUAAUAUGAGAGCCCAACUCAAAAAUCUUACACUAACAAAAGACUUUGAUAAAGCGGUAGAACUCGACAAAGAAAUCAAAUCCCUAGAAAAAAUUGAGUCAGCACAAGCCCAAACAGUUCUAAAUGGCAUAAUUGAGAAAAAGAAGGCAACUCUCCUGCAAGCACAGCAAGAUGAAUUAAUCAGAGCAAGACAAUUCUCGAUUAAAGCUGUUGAAGAGAUAAAUGCGAAACAUAAUAAGAUAAUAGAACAUAUCAUGGCUAGAAUAACUAAGUUAAGACAAGAUAAAGCUGAUAAUAGAGCAAAAGAUCCGAUGAGAGGGAUUCAUAUCUCUACCGAUGAUUCAUAUUCACCUAGGUCUAAGAGUAUAAUGAAUAAUUAUAAGCGAAAUAGUGUCCCAAAAAGGCUUUCGUUAAAACCUUUGUGUCCUGCAAUAAUCGUUCCUUUUUCCAAGAGAUCUCAUUCCCGUAUGAAAUAA